GGAUGAAUAUUACUCUCGUGCACAGCACGGGUAGCCAACUAGUAAAAAUAAUAAAGGUCGGGAAAAGAAAGGGAUAUUGAGAUCCGGCCGGGCGACCGACAACCAGUAAUAGAAAAAAAUAAGCAACAGCCCUUGUAACUCAUAAAAAUAAAAUAGCUAUUGGAGCGAGUGUAUGAUAAUUUGACAUUUGUGCGUCUUUUUACCAAAUUUCCCUCCAUUAUUUCCGAUAUAAUUGCGUUUCUUUUCCCAUCUCUGUCCUAAAAACGUAGCAAAUCAGCAUUCAUCUACUUGUGAAAUAAUAAAUUCAUACACCUAACAAUCCAAUCCAAACUAUUUAGCGUGUGGGUCAGAUUGCAGGGUCUUCUUUGCGUUUGGUGACAAGUUGUAAAGCGACCAGAAAACUAACAAAGUUCAAAUCUUUGGUUAGAUUUUCUUGAGAACAUCCAUCUGGAUUUUGAGUUAUUUUUGUUUUUGUUUCGUGAUGGGUUGGAAAUACAAGGCAGGUCUCUUCCUUAUUUCAGCUGUUGUUGUUAUUUGGGUCACCUCUGCUGAAGUUACCCAGGGCAUUUUCUCAGAAUAUAAGCAGCCAUUUGCAAUCACAUACCUUGGAGCUUCUUUGCUGGUAAUUUAUCUCCCUGUAGCAUUUCUUAAGGAUUGGAUAUGCGAUUUGCUGAAGAGACGCCCUAGUAGAACUGAUAAAAGUACUGACAAUGAAUCAUAUAUGAGACAUAGUUCUCCUUUAAAGCACACAGUACAGAAAGUCUUUGAGAUAGAAAUCCAGAAAUCAAUGGAUAGAAAAGACAGCGAAGAAAAUAUUUCGGCAGAGGAAGAAGGAAAACCUCUUGUUGCUAUAUACAAUGGUAGUUCUGAUGAUCUAAAAAAUGGAAAAGAGAUGACGGCCUGGCAAAUUGCUUGUUAUGGAUUCUUUCUUGCUCCUCUCUGGUUUAUAACCGAGUACCUAUCAAAUGCAGCACUUGAGCAUACAAGUGUUGCAAGCACAACAGUACUAUCUUCUACGUCGGGCUUAUUCACUCUUUUUGUUGGUGUAAUAUUUGGUGAGGAUUCCUUAAAUAUGGCCAAAGUAGUUGCAGUCUUUGUUAGCAUAUCUGGCGUUGUCAUGACCACUCUAGGAAAAUCUUGGGCGACGGAUGAAUCUCACUUGAAUUCCUCCUCAAGUGAUGAACGUUCUCUCCUUGGGGAUCUCUUCGGCCUUCUAUCAGCAAUGUCAUAUGGGUUGUUCACUGUUCUUCUUAAAAAGUUUGCUGGUGAGGAAGGAAAAGGAGUAGAUAUGCAAAAAUUGUUUGGGUAUAUAGGAUUGUGCACUCUUUUGACGAUGUGGUGGCUUGUAUGGCCAUUGACUGCGCUAGGAAUUGAACCCAAGUUCACAAUACCUCAUUCUGCAAAGUUGGAUGAAGUUGUUUUAGCCAAUGGACUUGUAGGAAGUGUUCUCUCAGAUUACUUUUGGGCACUAUGUGUUGUUUGGACAACUCCAUUAGUUGCAACUCUCGGUAUGUCUCUCACAAUUCCACUUGCAAUGGUGGCUGACAUGGUGAUUCAUGGACGUCAUUAUUCUGCUAUAUACAUUCUUGGCUCGGCACAGGUAACAACAUUAAUGCAGAAAAGAGAACUUGAUUGCAGCCCUAAAUAUACGAGUUCUAUCCUGUGAUUAUUAUGUUUUAUUGAAAAGCCAAGAUGCCGUACCUGUUAUUUAGCUGGAGCAAAAAAAUAUUAUAAAAAACUUCUCCAUGUUGUAGUUGGAAUCUCUCUUUUGUAAUUACUUCCUCCCAACUCUAUUUGAAAUGCUCAAAUGACUAGUUUUUGACUCAUUUUCUAUGUUUAACGUGGCAUUACUAAUCAAUUAAUCCACAGGUAUUUGCAGGAUUUGUAAUAGCUAAUAUAGCAGACCGGAUUUCGAAACUUAUGGGACUAUAACAUUUAGUGGACUGACUUUAUCUCAAUACAGAACAUCUUUAAUAUAUAUAUAUAUAUGCCCAAACAAGAAAGAAAGAUGACCACUAUACUAGUGUUCUGUGACUGCAAAUGACGUUACAACUGUAUUCAUUGUUGUCCCACUUUUGAUCCCCAAAUUCCUGUUUCGACGUUAAAAUUGUAUUCAUUGUUGUCCCACUUUUGAUCCUCAAA